GUCACAAGCGACAAUUUGGCAUCAUAUACUCAGUCCAGGUCAUUUUUUGCCGUCUUUAACCACAUAGCGUGCCCCCUGACUCUUCCCAGCGAGCCUAUACAAGAUUCAGGCGACGCCAUCCGAUCCGCCAGGGCGUACUGGUCUUUAACCACUUACACAUCCGCCGCCCCAAGCACACGAGCUCUGAGCAUGUCGCGCCGUUCAUCCACUGCUUCCGAUAUGUCCAAAGUGCGAGCUUUCAACGACUUCCAGUCGCGCAGCACCUAUAAUUUACGGCCUGAGUUGUUCGAAUUUGAGUUCCAAGCCACGUUCUCCAUCACAAAGGUACCUCAGAGGCUCCAGCAGCCGGCCAACGUCCACGGAUGCUCGGCCACCGUCCACGCUUCUACUAGUAGCAAGGCUACUGGCCAACUAUCGCUAGUUGAGAAGUCUGCUAUUCUCGUGCUCUGUGCGUUCUUUGUACUUUGGCUAGUACGACCUGCCACUAAGAGCAUUUUCACACUUGUUCCCUUCGCUGGUCUGGUGUGGUUAGCGUUUGGUGGAUUCCAUAUGGUUGAGUAGCAACACCAGUCAACUCAGCCGUCACCGGAUGAAGAUCACGACAUGUGUUUCGAUAUUCAUCCUACCGGAGACAUUGCGCCUUCAAUUGAGGCA